AUGGCCAUGAACAAUAUGAGAGUCUGGUUAGAAGCUCAGGAAACCAAAAGCACUGAAGAAAACACAACCCUAGAAGUUGCUUGGAAAGCGCCUACUCUUAGCAUGAUCAAAAUCAAUUUGGAUGCAGGAUGGACAGGGACAAAUUCUUUGGGAUUUGGCUUUGUUGCUCGCUCCCAUACUGGUGCAAUGUUAGUGGCUGGCACUCACGUUGAAGAACAGUGCCUAGAUCCUUUGAUGGCAGAAGCUUUGGCCAUGAGAUGGUGUAUGCUGCAGGCUAGAGAGCUGGGAAUGGAUAGUGUGAUUUUUGAAUCUGAUUUUCUUUCUGUUAUAAGAGCCCUGAGAUCUGAUUCAAGCGUUUGGACUAUUCAGAACAUCAUACAAGAUUGCCAAGCUUUAGCUAGGGACUUUAUGUCAAUUUCUUUCUCCCAUGUAAAGCGUGAAGCUAACUCCCCAGCCCAUGCCCUUGCAUUUUUAACUUUCAAUUUUAAGGACCACUUGUGGUGGGAUGUGCCCCCAGCUGAGAUAGAGCAUCUUCUAUUUGUAGAUGCAGCCUUUUCGUGA